AUGAGAGCUGUUGCGGUAAGCUUGAGCCGCUUCAAGAACAACCAGACUGUGAUGCUGCCUCCGCCGACUAGCGAUGGACAGCGCGGUGAUAUUCUGCAAGAAAAAGCCAUCCGUUCUAUCGCUCGAGCGGUGGCUUCGCGACCUUUCGUCCUGAUGCUCGUUAAUCUUGGAGGGGUGCAUUGGGCUGGUAUUGUCGUGGACCGAGAUGAUAAGAAAGUGAUCACUUACGACAGUUUAAAUGGGACCAAGAACCGAAAGAAGUUGAAGAAGCUGGCGGAAGAUAUCAUGAAGAAGGCACUGCAAGGUGAAACGUACAAUGAGGUGGAUGUUACGAAGCCGAAGCAGAAAGACGGCAACAAUUGCGAAGUCUUCGUGUCGCUGUUCUUCUGGCGCUGUGUGAGCGCCGAAGCCCCGAGUGAUGUGGUCCUGAGUGAUCUGUCUCCUUCUGGUAUUACCAAGCUGCGCUGGGCUCUACUGCGCGCGAUUUUGAAGAUGAAGCAGCGUUAG